GCUGUGUGGUCUCCUGGGUCACCUACUUGCGCCCGGUGCCAUUCAGUGAAAUGCAAGUGUACCUGAUCCACGAAGUGCAUUGUUACUAAAGGUAUGGGGAUGUUUUACCUACAUGUAUGUAAGUGCCCCAUGUUCCUGCCUGGUGUCUUCAAAGGCUGUCGGAUCGCCUAGAAUUGGAACUAUGGACUGUAUUGAGCUCCCAACUGGGUGCUGGCAUGGAACCUGUAUUCUCUGAAAGAACAGAUUUCUCGGCCCCUGGUGUUUAGACAAACCUCAGUAAAAUGACUCUGCAGGAGUUGGUUCAUCAGGCUGCCUCCAUCUAUCUGGAUAGAACAGCUGUAUGCUUUGACGAAGGCAACAACCAGCCCCCGGUGUGCUAUACCUACAAGGCUCUGCUGAGCGAGGCUUCAGAAUUAUCCGCUUUUCUGCUAGCACACUGUGACCUUGGAGGAAUUCGGGAAAUUGGUCUCUACUGUCAACCUGGGAUAAACUUACCCUCCUGGAUUUUAGGGAUUCUUCAGAUCCCGGCAGCUUAUGCACCCAUUGAUCCAGACUCCCCACCAUCGUUAGCAACCCACUUUAUGAAAAAAUGUGGCCUAAAGUAUGUCCUGGUUGAAAAACGGCAGAUCACUAAAUUCAAAUCUUCACAUGAAACAGUUUUGAACUACGAUACAGUUUCAGUGGAACAUAAGGACCUGGUACUCCUCAGACUGCACUGGGAAGAUGGUGUGGUGAACUCAGUGCUCAGUGACAGAACAGAUAAAUGCAAGGUGAAUGACAGAGAAGAGAGAGUGAAUGGUGAGAACGGGAGCCAAGAGAAGGGGCACAUGGACAUGCGGCGUGAGGGGUGCCUGGCCUAUGUCCUACAUACCUCAGGGACCACAGGGACACCGAAGAUCGUCAGAGUGCCUCACGCGUGCAUACUGCCUAACAUCCAGCACUUCCGGUCGCUUUUUGACAUCACUCAAGAAGAUGUUUUGUUUCUGGCUUCUCCUCUGACCUUCGAUCCAUCUGUGGUGGAGAUAUUCGUGGCUCUGUCCAGUGGGGCCUGCCUGCUUAUCGCGCCAACUUCUGUCAAAGUGCUCCCAUCAAAAUUAGCCGACGUUCUCUUUUCCCGUCACAGAGUGACUGUUCUACAGGCAACGCCAACAUUGCUGAGAAGAUUUGGAUCUGAGCUCAUGAAGUCCACUGUGCUGUCAGCGCAUACUUCUCUGCGAGUCCUAGCCCUUGGAGGGGAAGCCUUCCCCUCACUGACCGUCCUCCAAAGCUGGCGAGGCAAAAGCAAUAGAACGCAGAUAUUUAACAUUUAUGGUAUCACAGAGGUAUCCAGUUGGGCCACUUUCUACAGGAUCCCAGAGGAGAUUCUUAAUUCUACUGUGAAACUCGAGUCCCCUGUGCAGCUGGGGUCUCCACUGCUUGGAACAGUGGUCGAAGUCAGAGACAAAAAUGGUUCUCCAGUUCACGAAGGCACUGGCCAAGUAUUUUUAGGUGGGAAGAACAGAAUUUGUUUUCUUGAUGAGGAAAUGACAGUGCCCCUUGGGACCAUGCGAGCCACAGGAGACUUUGUGACUGUAAAAGGUGGAGAGAUAUUUUUCUUGGGAAGAAAGGACAGCCAGAUCAAGCGCCAUGGCAAACGUCUGAGCAUUGCGCUUGUGCAACAGGUAGCUGAAGAGCUUCGCCAGGUGGAGUCCUGUGCAGUUACAUGGUAUAAUCAGGAAAAGUUGGUUCUCUUCAUCGUAUCCAAAGUCGACUUAGUAAAGGAUUGCAUCUUUAAAGAAUUGCAGAAACACCUUCCAGCACACGCCCUGCCAGAUGACACGGUGCUGAUUGAUUCCCUUCCGUUUACAUGCCACGGUAAAGUCGAUGUUUCUGAGCUAAACAAGAUAUAUUUAGACUACAUAAGCUCACAGCCUAGGAAUAAACUCCAUGGAAAAGAGGAACUUUGGGGGAAAUUACAGUGUUUAUGGAAGUCUAUCCUGGGUCUCCCUGAGGAUGCGGAGUCGAAGGUCCCCGACAAGUCCGUCUUUUUGGAUAGUGGUGGAGAUUCCCUCAAGUCCCUGUGGCUCCUGGGUGAGGUGGAGAAACUUACCGGGGCACCCGUGCCUGGCCUUCUGGAAGUAAUUCUCAGCAGCUCCUUCUUAGACGUUUACAACCACAUCAUUCAGGCCGUGCUUACACGGGAGGACCUGAAAGGCGACAGGCGCUACACCACCAAAAGGAAAUUCAGUGACCCUGAUUCAGAGGAAACCAGCGGGAAGCCUGCACGUCUGGAGGCCGCCUGGCCCCGGCACCGAGACCGCGAGACAAACUCCGUGGUGGCUCUGAGCAGGGGGGGCCAGACUUUGUAUCUCGGCACUGGGAGGCUUUUACCUGAGUCAGGACUCGGCCCUGAUGCAGUCCAUCCUCCAGACUUAAUUCCACAGACUGACACUCGAAUACUGAAAAGCCUAAGUCCUCCCGCUCUGCAUGAAACGGUGGAAAAGCCACCGCUUUCUCAGGAGGGGAGCCCUGGGGCUGGGGCUGAGCCGAUGGUGUUGCGUGAGCGGUGGCGGUCAGACACGGGCAAAUGCGUAGAUGCUUCCCCUCUGCUUGUGGUAGCUGCUGUGGGGGAUACGUCCUCCACAACCGUGUAUAUCGGCUCCCACUCACACACAGUGAAGGCGGUGGACCUUCACUCCGGGGAGAUGAGGUGGGAACAGCGCGUUGGAGACCGGAUUGAGUCCUCAGCCUGUGUGUCUAAAUGUGGAAACUUCAUUGUAGUGGGCUGUUACGAUGGAUUAGUUUAUGUUCUAAAAAGUAAUAGUGGAGAAAAACAUUGGACAUUUCCUACGGAAGAUGCUGUCAAAAGCUCACCAGCCGUGGAUCCAACCACAGGACUCAUUUACAUCGGAUCUCAUGACCAGCACGCAUAUGCCUUAGACAUUUAUGAAAAGAAGUGUGUCUGGAAGCUAAAAUGUGAAGGAGCUCUCUUUUCUUCUCCGUGUUUGAGUCUGGGUCCACACCAUCUGUACUGUGCUACGCUGGGCGGACUCUUACUGGCUGUAAAUCCUGCUACCGGGAGUCUGAUCUGGAAACGCCCCUGUGGAAAGCCGUUGUUCUCUUCCCCACGGUGUUACCAGCGCUACGUUUGCAUUGGCUGCGUGGAUGGCGGUCUGCUCUGCUUCUCACACUCAGGAGAGCAGGUUUGGCGCUUUUCUGCUGGAGGACCAAUCUUUUCAUCCCCGUGUAUCUCUGCAUCAGAACAAGACAUAAUUUUUGGUUCCCACGAUUGCUUUCUCUACUGCUGUAGCACGGAAGGUCGCCUCCGGUGGAAAUUUGAGACCACAGCCAGGGUGUACUCGACGCCCUUUGCUUUCCCUAACCACCUCUGCGGCAGCGGCACACUGUUGGCAGCGGCGUCCACCGACGGGAAACUGUGGGUCCUCGAGUCUCAGAGUGGAGAGCUGCGAAGUGUGUACGAACUCCCCGGAGAAGUCUUUUCUUCUCCCGUGCUCUGGGAAUCAAUGCUUGUUAUUGGGUGCAGAAAUAAUUAUAUUUACUGUCUGGAUUUAUCGUGUGGUGAUAAAAAUAACCAAGUGCAGUCCUUAUAAGUAUACAUCAGUGAGAUCGGAAUGUCAUUGUAAAGCUUAUGGAUGGUUUUAUAUUAAAGAUUCUAUUUUGGUUAA